AUGCCGCAACACGAGCGCCCCAGCGCCGUCUGGGCCAACGACAAUCACGCCAACAACAACAAUAACAACAGUCGCGAUGGUGAGUGAGAUAGCCAAGUUGGAAAGUCAAGAUAAUGACUUUUGUGUUAGUUUUAGUGAUAUGGUCGUUUCUGUAAAUGUAAUUCCUAAUUUUACAUUAUCUUAUACAGUAAAAGUACAUCCUUUGGUUGUCCCUCCUUGAGUGUUUUAAACUAAUGUCACCUUUUUUGAGUUUUCAAUAGAAAAGUGUUCCACCAAAGCCUUUGCAAGCAACUUUAGAAUUGUCUUUUCGACCAAUAAUGAUGCUACUUUUCAGGAAAUCACUCGUUCCGACCCAACUUCACCAGCAUCGCCGAACUCGACUCCGACAACAACAAUGUCAUAUCCAAACCUCUCAUCAUCGCCCAGCCAGAAGGCGGCCAAGCCGGCCCAGAGCGCGAGACGUGGGCCGGCAAGGUCGACUUCUUGUUAUCAGUGAUUGGGUUUGCGGUCGACUUGGCCAAUGUCUGGCGAUUCCCGUACUUGUGCUUCAAAAACGGUGGUGGCGCCUUCCUCAUACCGUACACGUUGAUGUUGAUCUUGGCUGGCAUACCUUUGUUCUACAUGGAACUGGCACUAGGGCAGUACUAUCGCAAAGGAGCGAUAUCAACCUGGGGCAAGAUAUGCCCAUUGUUCAAGGGCAUCGGCUACUGCGUCAUCAUGACGGCGUUCUACACCGACUUCUUCUACAACGUGAUCAUAGCCUACUCGCUACACUACUUCUUCUCUUCCUUCAAGCCUCAGCUACCGUGGUCAUCGUGUAAGAAUGACUACAACAGUCCAGCCUGCUACGAGCCGAGCUGGAGUGAUUUAGGUCAAGAAUGCUCGUCCACACCCAAAUUCAUAAACUCGUCACGGUCGUUGAAGCCGGUUUCUGCGGCCGAAGAGUACUUUUAGUAAGUUGAAGGGAUAAGGUUUGUUAGUGUACACAUAACUUAAUGUUACUAUUAUUGUUGUGAAUAUGUUUUUUAACCUUAAAUUUUGAGGAAUUGUUUGGAAUGGCACAAUUUAAUUUGCAAAUUUAGUAAAGGGUUCCUCGGGGUGCACGCUGCCAAAGAUCCCAACGCUCAUAUCAUCAGAAGCAUGACGGACCUGGGAGAUCUGAACUGGGAGCUGGUGGCCUGUGUUCUGAUCAUCUACUUGAUCUGCUACUUCUCCCUCUGGAAGGGUAUCUCGACGUCGGGUAAGGUGGUCUGGUUCACGGCCAUCUUUCCGUAUGUUGUACUUGGUAUCUUGCUGAUUCGUGGCGUUACUUUGCCCGGCUCACUCCGCGGCAUCGAAUACUAUCUGAAACCGAAUCUGGAGCGACUUCGAGAGCCUAGCGUGUGGCAAGACGCUGCCACACAAGUCUUCUUCUCGUUGGGGCCCGGCUUCGGUGUGCUGAUGGCUUACUCGAGCUACAACGAGUUUCACAACAAUGUCUACUUGUAAGUUACUACCUAGUUAAAUCACAAUUUAAAAUAAUUUUAAAUUUGUAUUCUUGUUUCUAGUGAUGCCAUUCUUACAAGUCUUAUCAACUGCGGCACCAGUUUUCUCUCAGGAUUCGUCAUUUUUUCAGUAAGUUUAAAAUGUUACCUAAAUCAAUAGUUAAAUAUUGUAAUUGUUAAAUUUAACGAUAAAUAUUAGCCAAAACUCACUUUUUCUAGGUAUUAGGGUAUAUGUCAUGUAAAAGUGGAAAGCCAAUCCACGAAGUAGCACAAGAGGGUCCCGGCCUCGUCUUCGUUGUGUAUCCAGAAGCCUUAGCCACGAUGCCCGGAUCCAGGUUCUGGUGUAUCAUCUUCUUUUUAAUGUUACUCACGUUAGGUCUCGACAGUUCGGUAAGUUUUAUUUUUUCGAAGAAUAAAUCAGUAUUUAUGACACAUUUCCUAGAAACUACAUAAAAUAAGUCAUAAUGACAAAUUUUUUGGACGAUAUUUCACAGCUUUUUGUUUUCUUCCAAAGAAUAGAUAUUGAACCGAAAAUGAAAAGAUUGUUUGACAUUGCAGUUUGGAGGAUCCGAAGCCAUUAUAACUGGCCUCAGCGACGAAUAUCCGAUUCUGAAAAAGCACCGUGAAGUGUUUGUAGCUCUGUUAUUCUCUUUCUACAUGGUAAUUGCAACGUUGUUGUGUACGGAAGUAAGUUCUGGCGCCGUGAAGUAAAGCUCUUUAGGGAGGGAUAUUGAUAAUGGAGUGGCUCAUUGUUUAUGGCACCACGUGGGGCCUUCUGAUCGCUGUAUUUACGGAAGCCAUGGUGAUAUCCUUCAUAUACGGGAUCGACCAGUUCUGCGCAGACAUUCAAGAGAUGAUGGGUUUCCAGCCGGGAUGGUACUGGAGGAUAUGUUGGAAGUUUGUCGCCCCCAUCUUCUUGUUGGUAUGUUUUUUCUUAAACUUGUUGAAAGAUUCGUAUUUUAUUGGAAAAGUCUAUGAUGAAAUUGAUAGAUAUUAGAAUUUAAAAUAACCGCUUUAAUUAAUUUUUCAAUUUAAACUACUAGCUGUUGUACCAUGUUUAAAAAUAAGAUAGCCAAACCCGACGCAGAGAGCCAGUUACAAGAAUAUUGUUGUAGGUGAUGAUUCUGAACAGUUUCAUCAACUACCAACGGCACCAGUAUCAGGACUACCUGUAUCCUGACUGGGCCAACGCCUUAGGCAUAGUGUUCGCUUUAACGUCGGCGGCGGCCAUACCCAUCUUGGCCAUAUUGGUGUUCAUAAAACAGAAGGGCGCGACGUUGGGCGAGAAGCUCACCAACUGUUUGACGCCGGUGAAACGACAAAUGUCGCGGCACGAGCACCACCGUGCUCAGCUCGACACCAGCGACGUGAUGCUGUGA